GGGAGGGCAAAAGAUAAAGAAAAAACAAAACAAAACACCACAACUUUGAUGAGAAGUCAAUAAAAAAUGUGUGUUCCCAAAGAUUCGUCCUAUUUGGCAGCUGUCGCCUCAUCCACAACAUCUGAUCUCUAAGAGGGCUCUCGUCUCCCAAACUACCUGUCACCAUGGCCUACCCAUUUCCAGCCCUCACCCCAGAACAGAAGAAGGAGCUCUCAGAAAUUGCCCAGCGCAUUGUGGCCAACGGGAAGGGGAUCCUGGCUGCAGAUGAGUCUGUAGGCACCAUGGGAAACCGCCUGCAGAGGAUCCAGGUGGAGAACACGGAGGAGAACCGCCGGCAGUUCCGAGAGCUGCUCUUCACCGCGGACACCUCCAUCAACCAGAGCAUCGGGGGUGUGAUCCUUUUCCAUGAGACCUUGUACCAGAAGGACAGCCAGGGAAAGCUAUUCAGAAACAUCCUCCGGGAGAAGGGCAUCGUGGUGGGAAUCAAGUUAGACCAAGGCAGUGCUCCCCUUGCAGGAACAAACAAAGAAACCACCAUUCAAGGGCUCGAUGGGCUUUCUCAGCGCUGUGCUCAGUAUAAGAAAGAUGGUGCUGACUUUGGGAAAUGGCGUGCUGUGUUGAGGAUUGACAGCCACUGUCCAUCCACCCUCGCCAUCCAGGAAAACGCCAAUGCCCUGGCCCGCUAUGCCAGCAUCUGUCAGCAGAAUGGGCUGGUACCCAUUGUUGAACCAGAGGUCAUUCCUGAUGGAGACCAUGACAUGGAACACUGCCAGUAUGUUACUGAGAAGGUCCUAGCUGCUGUGUAUAAGGCCCUGAAUGACCAUCAUGUUUACCUGGAAGGCACCUUGCUCAAGCCCAACAUGGUGACUGCCGGCCAUGCCUGCACCAAGAAGUAUACUCCAGAGCAAGUGGCUAUGGCCACAGUGACAGCUCUCCACCGUACCGUUCCUGCAGCUGUUCCUGGCAUCUGCUUUUUGUCUGGUGGCAUGAGUGAAGAGGACGCUACUCUCAACCUCAAUGCUAUCAACCUUUGCCCUCUACCAAAGCCUUGGAAACUAAGUUUCUCUUUCGGACGGGCCCUGCAGGCCAGUGCAUUGGCUGCCUGGAGUGGCAAGGCUGCAAACAAGAAGGCAACCCAGGAGGCUUUCAUGAAGCGGGCCCUGGCGAACUGCCAGGCAGCCAGAGGACAGUAUGUUCACAGCGGCUCUUCUGGCGCUGCGUCCACCCAGUCGCUGUUCACUGCCAGCUAUACCUACUAGACCCUGGGGCCCACCAGCCUGGCUCAAGCUUGUCCACGUGCAACCUUUAGACUGAACCUCUAAAUUAGACAAAAUUAGAUGGGAACUACUGGAAAUACACUGCCGGUUAAGUUCUUAGACACAAGGAAGAAAAUCAGUCAUUGAAACCUACAUCUGAAUAUUAAGGAUCUGAUGGAAGUUCACAAUGGUUUCCUUGCAACACUUCAGCUCCCCAGACUGACUAAGAAAAAAAUAGACUUUAAAACAAAAUCAGCUCUCCAUCCAAAUAAUGACCACCAAAUGAAACACCUCAGAAGCUGAAUGCAGGAAUUAUGUCUUAUCAAACCAUCUUCGCAUUGGCAGGUUGUGGAGACAGCUACAACCAAAAAAGAAAUAAAAUUUUCUAUGAACCUUC